CAUUCCGAUGACUUCAUGUUUUGUCCUCUCUUGCAAAAUAAUGAUUUGAAGAUUGAUUCAAGAAUUUACUUCUUAACUUUUCAAUGAAAUUAGUGAGUAAGAGUGAAUUUUUUAACUGUGUUUACUGCUCCGGCUAGCCUACCGCACGGAAGGCUACCGUCGCGCGAUUAGAAAUUUUCCCAGUAACCGCAAUACGACUACACAACGGCGGUGUACGGUUUGCGAAUGGUCAGAACAUGCUGCGUCUACAACGAUGCUUGAAAGGACAAGCCCUGGAGGUGGUGAGAAGCAACUUAGUACUUCCGGCCACAAUACCUCAUGUCAUCGAAACGUUGCGAUUGCGGUACGGGAGGCCAGACCUGUUGAUCAACAACCUACUGCAGAAGGUGCGUGCGAUUCCGGUGCAACGGGUGGACAAGUUGGAAGGGUUGAUAGAAUACGGAACGGCUGUACAAGCACCAGUAUGACCAGCUAUGCAAUCCUCAACUGAUUCAAGAGUUGAUUGCUAAAUUUCCGGAUGAUCAAAAGUUUUUGUGGGCUACCUAUCGUCGUAAACUACCGGUGGUUAAUUUGAGAACCUUUGGAGAUUAUAUGGCAGAAAUAGUUCGGGAUGCAGCGAGUGUAGUUCCUUUCAAAUCUGAACAGUAUAAGGCAGCCAAUCGUGAGAAAGCUAAAUUCAGAGGGUUUGUGAACUCUCACUUUUCAUCACCCGAAAAGCAUGACCCAGGGUAGCAGAAGGACUCCGAAGCGGUAGUGAAGUGUGUUUGCUGCGAGAAGAGUGGUCACAGUGUUUACCAGUGUUAUAAGUUUAAAGCAUUUACUGUGUCAGAACGUUGGACUUUUGCUCGAGAAUCGCGUCUUUGCUUUUUGUGUUUGUGUAACCAUGGAAGGCGCCCUUGCCGAAGCGGCAUCAAGUGCGACAUCGAAGGCUGCGACUAUCGACAUCACCCUAUGCUACAUUCGUCGCCGGAAAAGGGCAUAACCUGGGGCACUGGACAGGAAAUGCUUCGCGAAUGGAGCACGAUUCGCGCAUAGUGAGCAUUGAGAUUUCGGGUUCCGAUGAAGGAAAGCGGUACGUCAUACCAAACGCUCGGACUGUAAGAUGCCUGAACUUACCGAAGCAGAGUUUCCAGGCGGAGGCGGCAGCGUUGAAGUACGAUUAUCUCCGUAGAGUUCCGUUAGCCAGCUACAAUAACGCCGAGCCAAAGAUUCUCAUCGGAAUAGACAACCUUUGUCUGACGGAGCCCUUAAGAAUAAAAGAAGGAGAUGAAUUCGGGCCAAUUGCAACAAAGACCCGGCUUGGAUGGUGCGUUUUAUGGUGGACGUCGUGGAAACAGUAGUACAUCCUUUAACUCUUACACUCGCAAGAGUAAACCAAAUGAAUCCCUCAAUACUCUUGUGAAACAGAUGUUCAUUAUUGACGACGUUGAAGCAGCGAUAUCGAAGCCUCAAUCAGAAGAAGAUACGCAGGCACUAGCAAUUCUGGAGCAGACCACGAAGUAUGCUGGUGAUCGCUUCGGGACAGGUCCACUGAAGGUACAUGACGAUGUAGUCCUCCCGGUUAGCUACGGCAUGGCCAAGCGGCGCUUGGAAUGCCCCGAAAGGAGAAUGUCCUGUGAAGAGAAUCUGAAUGAAAAUCCGAAACUGACAACGGCGAUGAAGACCAUGUAUGAGCAGCUCCAGUUGGAUGUCUACCCGGGGGAGAUCGCUGCUUUCCAAGAAGGCGAUAACACUCCGGAAAAAAGUUUGCUCACUCGACGUGUACCAUUUCUCAACGAAAAAGUAGAGUUCCGGAAUAGUAGCAAAAUUUGUAAGCCAGAAAUGAUUUCUUGCGACACCCAAUUUCCAGAGAUUCUACCACAGAAACUGUACUCCCGUUCUGGCCUCCGUAUCGUGACUCAAUAUAUUAUCCGAAGCUGUAUGCCAUGCAUUUUGAGGCGGUGUCCUCAUACUCCGCAACUUUCUGUGAUCUUGCAUUCGGGCGGUUUGUGGAACGCCGCGGUGCAUCGGUUAAAUUCUUCAGCAGCUUCGGGACGAACUACGUUGGGGCGUCAAGAUUACUUCAGCAGCAGAUCAACCAAGGGCUCUUUAACACUUUCACGAACGUCGAGUGGAAGUUUAAUCAUCUGGGGGCACCACACCUAGGGGGCGUGUGGGUGAGACUGGUGAAGUUAAUCAAGUUGGCAAUUCAAGAUGGGUACUCUGAGGACAAACUAGAUCACGGGGGGUUCAAUAAAUUAGUAGUGGAGGCUGAAAGCAUAAUCAAUACAAGGCCUCUGAAUUACCUUCCCUUCGAAUCAUCCGCUUCGAAACUUCAAUUUCAAACGAUUUAUUUUUGGAGUGUUCGAACUAUUCCAAACAAUUCACGGUUUCAAUAAAAAACCAACGAAAUCUCCGGAAGACAUGGGGUCUCCUACUAUAGGAGCUCGAUAUCCUGUGGGGACGCUCGGCAAAGGAAUACCUUCACUCUCUACGACUUCAGGACAACUGGUUCCAAAGGAUGGAACCGAUCGAAAUUAGCAGCUUGGUCUCGAUCCUGGACCUAAGGAUCCGCAACGGCGCAAGGCCUGUACAACAGUGUUGGACAUGGAUAGCAGAGAAUAGUGCAGUCUCAGAGACCGCUGAGAUGCACCCGGGGGAGGAUGUCGGCGCGACUAGCAACCCUGCUGUCACCGGUCGAAAGAUGACGAAUCACCCUGUGCUGCUGACGAUGAAAAACAGUUUUUUUUUCACUCGGCUAUCGUAGUUCAGAGUUUGCCGGACAAAAGUGCGCGUCAGUUCAAUCGCCAAAAGUAUAAGUGCCGCUUUUGUUUGCCAAAAUUAGCUAGCUCACAAGUUUCUCCAUUUUUGGGACACCUUACCGUUAUUGGUAUCAAGAGAAGAUUGUCGUAAGUUUAUAAUUGUUUAGCUAGAGGUGUUUUUAUUAAUUGUUGUUGUUGUCUAAUGGUUGUUCCACCAGGAUUCCUUUUUGACCACUAUCGAACGCCGAUUAAAACCAUUAGGGCCCGGAAUAAGUGAAAGCUUUCCUCCUUCUCCUUAGCGGAAAGUAGAAAUAUCUGAUGAAGUAUUCUUCAGAAGGCAAUUUUCACAAGGUCACACGAUAGGCCGAAACUCAAUCCGUAAAGCGAUUCGUAGGCUUAAAAGUAUUUAUCGCACUAAAAUUUUUGAAGCUGUAAUAAACUGUAAAAUACCGCUAUCAGAAGUUAGUGGGUUUGCCUGCGUUUUCGAUUCCGGAAGUCUCAACAGUAUCGUCAAACAGAUUGGUUGUUGUUAUUUAUCCCCGAGUAUUCCCAUUGUACCUGAACCUCUAACAGGUUAUGGGCCCAGGUGGAAGCCUCUGAUCGGUAAAACAGAAAGAGUUUAGUCAUUUUGCCGAGAAGCGAUGGAGUGGGCAAAAAUUUUCAAAUUGAGCAAUUCGAACUACCAAUCAUGGUCGUUAUAAGCGUUGUUGCGGCGGGAGCAGCUCUGGAAACACGUAGAACCAGGAACUCCCCCCCAACCGAUGACCGAAGCGUGGGAGGACGGCGACGAGCAAACGUUGGCCACGAUUCAGCUGAUGCUGAAUGAGAGCCAAUAUGCGCCGAUUUGUGUCAUGUUGACGGCGAGGGAAACGUGGAUGGAACUCAAGGCGCAUCACGAGAAGACCACGCUGCUGGGACAGCGGGUGACCCUUUUUCGGCACAUUACGAAGAUAGGUGACAACAUGGUGUGACAACAUAAAGUGUCAAUAACGUUAACGAAUGUGAGAACCCAACAUCAAGACUUGCGCUAGCAACGGGCUAAGUUCAAAAUUAGCCGCCGACGAAUUAGGAAAAGUCCGAAUUCAGCGCUUUCAAGUGCACCAACGUAGCCGAGUCACCUAGCGCGCCAUCGAUUGCAACGGAACAGCCGCCGAGAGAGGAUUUCUUUAGUGCCGUGAAGAACAAGCAGGUCAGAUCUACCAGUAUUUUGAUAACGAAUUAUUCUACGCCCCAAAUGGGAGAACAUAUUUGAUUGAACAAUUGCGAACCUAAUGUAAUCCAUAAAAUUGGGACUCCGGCUUAACUUUGGAACUGAAAAUUAGGGAGUUUUGCUUGGCGCAAAGUGGAGUAUUAAAACUAAAUAUUUACACUCAAUUCAUAACCCUUUAAAACAAUGGAAAUUGUUAUAAAAAUAUGCUGAUUUUUUUUUAGCUUCGCUGUAGACGAGAACCAAAAACCUUAGACAAAUUUUCACUUACCAUAGUGACUGCUCCAUGAGUCCAUAUUCCGUUCAACCUGCAAUUUCAGAUGGCAUUUCUCUUUAAGCAAACUAGGACCUUGUUUAACCAGCCAAUAGUUUUUCAUAUCGACAGCACAUUUAUCCAACUGAGCCGCCAUUCCGGGAGGAUGCUUAUGAGGUUUGAUAACAUGUCUUGCGGCGAAAAUGUUGGUAUUCAGUAAAUCUACGUACAUCACAUCUAAAACCUCGGGCACAAUCGAAUUGCUAGAUAUGCUUAUAACUCCCGCAUCAUCACUCAUUUUAAAGUCGUUCUUCAAAGUGAAUUCUCCCAAAUCAGCAACAAUCACUUGUUCACUGUUGAAUGCCAUCGGAAGUAUCAGAAUCGGAGCACCAGCGUUUAUCUCUAAGCCCAGCUGAGUAGGUCGUUGAUCAAAUCGCAUCUUCAUAUCACUGGUUUUGAUUUUACGAAGAACAGGCUAGAAUGGUAGAAAAAGACAUUGAAAAUAGGUUAUUUGGAAAAAAACUUCAAUUGCUUACCGUUUGUAAUUGUGAAAACUCCUUGAAAAAUAGUUGAAUUUCCGAAAUAAAACGUUUGGUAUGAACAAACCGAACUGAUGACAUUUCGAUCCGCAAAAGAGCAUCUUUAUGUAGACCACGUGUAUUGGAUUUGACUUCAUCGCGCACAUAAACAAAACUUAAUGCUUCGUUUCCCGUAGUCAUGAAUUUUUCUCGAUAUAUAAAGCCGUAGGGUGUUAGGUCACUCAGCGUUAUAGACCCAAGGCGACCUUCAACUUGUUUAGCAUGAUUUCUUUUGCUUAUCGUAAAUUGAGCGUUGGACACAUUUGCUUUGGCAAUCUCGUAGUCAGCUUUAGCCAGCACAAGUGAAAGUGAACGUACCGAAAUUUCUAAUUUAGAAUGGCCAUGCGGGAGAACCUUUUCUUGAUCGCUUUGUUCGGUUGAUGUUUUUUGAGAGUUUGAGUUGGCAAAAUCUUCCGAGUUGUCUAGCAGCCCAAAGAAAUUAAGCAGAAGAUACCAACUUUCGACGGAUAU